AUGGGAGGCAGAACCUCUUGUGGAGAUCUUACGCCAACAAACCCAAAUAGCUCUGCUGAUUCUAACUAUUCGCAACCCUCAUCCGAUCUGUCGCUUGACGAUGAAAAGGAAACGCUUCGGCGAGAAAAGGAGCGGCACGCUUUAAAUCAGUUGGAAAAAGCGAGGGGAAAACCCGUAGCUUUUGCAGUCCGGACAAAUGUUGCUUAUGAUGCUACUCUUGAUGAUGAUUCACCUGUCCAGGGUAGCGCAGUGUCUUUUGAUAUAAGAGAGUAUCUUCAUAUCAAAGAAAAAUACGACAAUAAUUGGUGGAUUGGUAGACUGGUUAAAGAAGGUUGCGAUGUUGGGUUCAUACCGAGUCCAGUUAAGUUAGAACACAUUCGCUUACAGAAUCAGACGAGACCGUCCAGACUAUACGGUACUAAGGGUUCCUCUACAAGCAACUUAGGCUCAAACCAGGCGGAACCAACACGUGGUAGUACUCCACCUACACCUGGCGAUGAAUCCGAUACCUUAGGAGCAAGUCGUCAAGGAAAAACACCAGCUGCUAACUCAUUAAACAAAGACAAACGAAAACCUUUCUUCAAAAAGCAAGAAACUGCAUCACCGUACGAUGUGGUGCCAUCAAUGCGCCCUGUGGUUUUAGUUGGUCCAAGUCUUAAAGGAUAUGAAGUAACGGAUAUGAUGCAGAAAGCUCUUUUUGAUUUUUUAAAACAUCGCUUUGAAGGAAGAAUUAUAAUAACGAGGGUUAUGGCUGAUAUUUCUUUAGCUAAAAGAUCUAUUAUGAAUAAUCCCACGAAGCGCGCGAUAAUGGAGCGAUCGAGUAGUCGAUCAGAUUGCCUCACAAAAGUUCAAGAAGAAAUUGAACGUAUAUUUGAACUUGCCAGAACUCUGCAAUUAGUCGUGUUGGACUGCGACACUAUCAACCAUCCAUCACAACUUGCCAAGACCUCAUUGGCACCAACAAUAGUAUACUUGAAAAUAAGCAGCAGCAAGGUUCUUCAACGUUUAAUAAAAUCUCGAGGAAAAUCUCAAGCUAAGAAUCUUUCAGUUCAAAUGGUUGCCGCGGAAAAAUUAGCCCAAUGUCCAUCGGAAUUGUUUGAUGUUAUACUAGAUGAAAAUCAGUUAGAGGAUGCUUGUGAGCAUAUCGCUGAGUAUCUUGAGUUUGUCACUUGACGACAGUACCGAUAUAGUGGGACUUAAUGUUCUUCUCGUGUUAGUGAGGUACCCAUUCGUAAUACAAAUCGAAGAAGAACUUUUGAUGAGCGAA